AUGGCGGACACUGCGUCAUCAUCGACUAAGUCUGUCCACACAAUUGUGCUGGACGCCGGCCCCAUUAUCAAGAAUACCCCGCCAUUGUCCACCCUGCUCGCUCAAUGCGACGAGAUUAUCACCACCCCCUCAGUGGUGAACGAAAUUCGCGAUCCCGACGCUCGCGCUCGAGUUGAAACCCUCUACCUGCCUUUCCUGAAGCAGCGAACCCCAUCCCCGAAAAGCUUCAAUGUCAUCAGCGAAUUUGCCCGUAAAACGGGUGACCGAUCCGUGCUGAGUCGGGUCGAUAUCGAGGUGCUGGCGCUGGCAUAUGAGAUUGAAUGUGAGCGCAAUGGUGGUGACUGGCGUCUGCGAAGCGUUCCCGGCCAGAAGCGCGUUAAUGGAAAGCCACCUGUCAAGGAGGAGGAAAAGAAGGAAGAGACGGAGGCUACUGUGGAAGAAAGCGUCGACGAGGCCACUGAGGCUGAGGCCGCUGUGACUGAGGUCGCCGAGGAAGCCAAGGAGGGAGAGACCGCGCCAGCACAAGAAGAGGAACCUGCUACAGGGAGCGCCACGGUCGAGCCUUGGGCUGACGAUGAUAGCCCUGAGCAGAGUAAGGACGAGGACGAGGCCGAGGCCGAGGACGACGAUGAUGCCGCUGAUUCCGACGGAGAAUGGAUCACGCCCACCAACUAUAAGAAGCGGCUGGCCCGCGAUGAAAGUGGCUCGUCAGGAAAUGGAAACGAGCCAAAGAGCAUGCAGGUCGCAACCAUGACUACCGAUUUUGCGUGCCAAAACGUCCUGUUGCAGAUGAACCUGAACCUCUUGUCGACGACCACUCUUCAAAGAGUUCAGCACCUCAAGUCAUUCAUCAAGCGCUGCCACGCCUGCUUCCUUACCACCAAGGAAAUGAACAAGCAGUUCUGUCCUCGCUGCGGGAAAGACACUCUUACCCGUGUGUCCUGCACCACCACUGCCAACGGUCAAUUUACCAUGCAUCUGAAGAAGAACAUGCAGUGGAACAACCGAGGCAACCGUUUCAGCGUUCCCAAGCCUAUUGCUGGCAGCGCCAACGGCAAGUGGAAGGGCGGCGGUGGAAAGGGAGGAUGGGGUACCGAGCUCAUCCUCGCUGAGGAUCAGAAGGAAUUCACUCGGUCCGCCGUCGAGGAAGAGCGGCGCCAGCGCCGGGAACGGGAUCUUAUGGAUGAAGAUUACCUUCCUGGCAUCUUGACUGGUGAGCGCAACAAGUCCGGAGGUCGCAUCAAGGUCGGCGCCGGCCGCAACAUCAAUUCGAGGAAGCGCUGA